CCAAGUCAAACUGCCUCAAAAUGCCUCCCAAUCCAGCCUCAGGCUCCACGAAGAAAGACACGCCGAAGAGCAACGACCGCAACGAAUACAUCCCCUCCUUCAUCGCCAAAAAGCCCUUCUACAUCGACGACUCCACCGUCUCCUCCGACGCCGACUACCUCCUCCAUCAGCGUCUCCAAAACGAUUCCCAAAAAGAAAAGGACUCUCUCGCUGCCGCACAAUGGUACGAGCGCGGUUCCAAAAAGGGUCCCGCAGCGACCAAAUACCGCAAAGGCGCAUGCGAGAACUGCGGGAGCAUGUCUCACAAGGAAAAGGACUGUCUACAGAGAAAGAGGAAAAAGGGCGCGAGGUGGACGGGCAAGGACAUUCAGGCUGACGAAGUGGUGGGAAAGGUCGAGUUGGGGUGGGAUGCGAAGAGAGAUCGGUGGAAUGGGUUCGACGCCAGCGAGUAUCGGGAGGUCAUCGAGGAUUACGAGGCUGUCGAGGCGAUUAGGCGGCAGGCUGCGAAGAAGGAAAAUGGCGAGGAAGAAGAUGAGGAGGGUGAUGAGGACGGGGAUAAAUAUGAGGCGGAAACGGAUAUGGGCAGGAAACAAGCUACUUCCACACGGAAUUUACGAUUGCGAGAAGAUACGGCCAAAUACCUGGUGAACCUGGACCUGGAAAGUACGAAGUAUGACCCCAAAACGCGGAGGAUGCUUGAAAACAAAGGUGGCGAUCCGAACAGCCUUGAUGCCGACGAUGGCUUUGCGGGCAAACAGAGUGGAGAUGCUGGCGAAUUCGAAAAGGCUUCGACAUAUGCUUGGGAGACACAAGAGAGAGGCGACAAGGAUAAGAUCCAUAUUCAAGCAAAUCCCACCGAAGCGCAACUGAAACGCAAACGUAAAGCUGAAGAAGACAUCCAAAAGGCUGAGGCAAAGAAGAAGAUGUUGGCGGAGAAGUAUGGUGUGCAGGAUACUUCCACUUCCAACAAGACUGCGCAAUUGGCUGCUACGGGUAUCACGAGUAAUGAGCGAUAUGUCGAAUACGAUGAACGAGGAAGGAUCAAAGGAGAGGCGGAGAAGAAGGAGAAGAGCAUGUAUCCCGAAGAUGUCUACCUCAACAACCAUACGAGUGUCUUUGGAAGCUGGUGGAAAGAAGGGCAGUGGGGGUACCAAUGCUGUCAUAGUGUGGUGAAGAACAGCUUUUGUACUGGUGAAGAAGGGAAACGGGCGCAUGAGGAGUCAGAGCAGUUUUCACGAGGUCUGAUGAUUGAGGCUACACCGGUGGAAGUUGAUGGAGAGACUGCGGCAGCCGAAGAGGCAAGGGAAGAAAAGCAUAUCCCGAAUGGUGUGGAUCGACCUGAGAAACAGAUACAGGACGAAAGUCGAAGGAGGAUGGAAGAGCUGCAAGCUGGCGGUGUCACUGAAGCCGAGAUGGAGAAGUAUCGACGUGAAAAGACAAAUGCUAAUGACCCCAUGGCGAAAAUGCUGGGCAAGGAUGAGUUGCUAGGUCUUUGAAUACAGAAUCAACGUCUGUAUGGUAAAAUAAAAGAAAAAAAAAAG